GGAAAGGUACCGGUACAAGUUACCGCCACAACGAAAGCGCUAUUGAUACUGUUCUCAACUUGGAAUAAUGAAUAUGAAUUGCUCGUUUGAGAUUCAAUAUCUCGAAUAGAUACUGGAAAAUUCUCUUUCGUAUUGUGAAGGGUAUCACCUCAGACAGGAUUUUUUUUUUUUGCCACGAUUUCAUACUUUCUAACAUCGAUCAUUUCUCGACAGGUUUGUCUAAUUAAUUAUGCUUUUCUAAAAGAGCUCUGUGCGCUUUCAAGCAGCUCUCGAAAUGACGGCAGCUACGCCCUUUGCCCCUCAGUAUCACUGAAACCCGAAUGAACCCAAACCGUAAUCAUACCGUAGAUUAAUACCAACCUACCAGCGGCGGUGUGUGGUUGUAGCGUAUUACACCUAAACGUAGUUAACCUAAAGCAGAAUUGAUUCGUGUUGAUUGUGGUUAUGCCGUCUUUUGUCGUCGGUUAUAAGGAAUAAUUGGAAUCGGUCACUCUCAGGAGAAGUACUGUGCACAUUGACGGUGUUCCUAAAAACGUUAGGAUUCAGAUUACCACUAUGAAUGUCGUAUGCACAUACAUUUACAAAGCAGCAUGAGGAUACCAGCACAACAUUACCAUAUCACCAAGUUCAAUUUUUACCUGAGAUUCAUCAGGCAUUAUCAUGAUGCUGGCCCAUUAUCAGCAAAAGCAAUCAGACAGUCUUUCAUAGAUUACUUUGUGCAGGAACAUAACCACACAUUUGUGAGAUCAAGUCCUGUUGUUCCCUUCUGUGAUCCAACUGUAGCAUUUGUUAAUGCUGGAAUGAACCAGUUCAAAAGUGUUUUUCUUGGAAAUGUUCAACCACCAUGUCUUCGUGCUGCCAACAGCCAGAAGUGUAUAAGGGUCGGAGGAAAGCAUAAUGAUUUGGGUGUAGUUGGUGCAGAUGGCUAUCAUCAUACUUUUUUUGAAAUGCUUGGGAGUUGGUCAUUUGGAGAUUAUUUCAAGAAAGAAGCAUGUGAACUGGCUUGGAAUCUAUUAAUAGGUCAAUAUGGCCUGAACCCUUCUAGGCUCUAUGUCACAUAUCAUGGAGGUGACUCUGCUCUGGGCUUGGGACCAGACUUAGAGACCAGAGACAUCUGGAGACAAAUUGGCGUUUCACCAAAUCGCAUUCUGCCAUUUGGUUCAGAUGAUAACUUCUGGGAAAUGGGGGUCACUGGACCUUGUGGUCCAUGUACUGAGAUCCACAUAGAUCAUGUUCCUGGCCGUCAGUUUGCUGCAGCGAAAGUCAACAUGGGUUGUAGUGAUCUUACAGAGAUAUGGAAUCUAGUCUUCAUACAAUAUAACAGGAGUGAAGAUGGUCAGUUGAAAGAGCUACCCUGUCGACAUGUUGAUACUGGAAUGGGGCUGGAACGACUUGUUGCAAUACUUCAAGGAAAGAGGUCCAAUUAUGACACUGAUUUAUUUCAACCUCUGUUCAAAGCUAUUCAUAAGUUUUCUAGGAAUGUUCCAGUGUAUCAGGGUCAGUUUGAUGAGGAAGAUACAAUGGGCUUUGAUACAGGAUACAGAAUACUGGCAGAUCACGCCCGAAUGAUGACAGUUGCUUUAGCAGAUGGCAUGUUUCCAGAUCAAAACUAUAAAUUACGCCGUGUUAUGCGAAAAGCAAUGCUUGUAUCACAACAGAAAUUUGGAGUUGAAUGUGGGCUAUUAACUGAAUUAACCAAUUAUGUGGCAGAUUCUCUGGGUGAUGCAUAUCCAGAAAUUGUACAUCGCCUCAAGCAGAUUCAACUCAUCGUCAACCAUGAAGAGGAGGUACUUCGUUUACUUCGAUUAGGAGCUGCAGUCGACUGGCAGGAAAUAGUGAGUGUGAAACCUGAACUCUCUAACUUGGAUAUAGUGGAGAUGCCAGGCCUUAUAGCAGGGUAUCAUGAACUUCGAGCAUAUGCUAGAUCAGCUUCAGUGAAUGAAUCACUUGUAGCGAGAAAAUCUACUGUACCAUCUGCAGCAAUCAGGUUUGAGGAAAAAUGUAUUGAGAAGAAGAUAAAGGAGAAUACUGAAUUAUUUGAAAAUAGCAUAGGUUCAGCUAGUGUAAUGAUACCAGGUAAAUUAACAUUUAAAUUGUAUGAUACUUAUGGUUUGGAAGAGGAUGUUAUAAUAGAACUGGCCAGAGUAGAAGGUUUCCAAGUGGAUGUAAAUGGAUUUAGGCAUUUAUUAAAUGCAGCUAAAGUUCAGUCAAAGGAAAGUUUCAGAUCUGAAGCAGAAAAUGAACAGAUGCAGCAAAUAUUUCACCAGCUUAUAAAACUGGGUUUGAAUUUCACUGAAGACACUCAGAAGUACUAUUACAAGAAAGAAAAUGACAAGUAUGUAUUCCCUCCUGUGAAAUGUAAAGUGAAAGCUAUAAUUGUGAGUGGGAAGAUAGUGUCAAGAAUUGGGCCAGGAACACAGUGCAGUGUUGUUUUAGACCAGACUAAUUUUUACCAUGAAGCAGGCGGACAAGCCAGUGACAGUGGGCAGUUAGUGAUGAAGGAUGGAACACAAUUUCACGUAACUGAUGUGACAAAUUAUGGCGGAUAUCUUCUCCAUCACGGCUCUGUCAACAAAGAAGGGAAUGAUAUUUGUGUUGGAGACAUUGCAACAGCUGAGGUGAAUGGAGAUGAUCGACUGGGCAACAUGAGGAACCACACAGCUACUCAUCUGCUGAAUGCUGCUCUCCGUAAAAUCAUUACCGUUACCUACCAGAAGUCGAGCCAUGUGACAGAAUCCAGCCUUGUGUUUGAUUUCUCUGUAUAUGGAGAGACAUUUUAUGUACAGAAUGUUGAGCAGCUGGAAGAGAUGGUGCAGAGGUGUGUGCAUGCAGCCACACCUGUGAAGCGGUACACCGUGUCAGCUGAUGAGCUCUUCUCUCUAGAGAAUGUGACCCUUGUACCUGGUGAAGUGUACCCUGAGGAAAAAAUAUACAUUAUAGAAGUUGAAGCUGAUGGAUUAUUUACAUCAAGAGAAGCAUGUUGUGGUACACAUGUAUUGAAUACAGCAGACAUCAGGGAUUUCUGUAUUGUGGGGAUGAAGAAUGCAGGCAGUGGAACACGUAGCCUGGUAGCUGUUACAGGUGAUUAUGCCACAUCAGCACUCCAAGAAGGCCAACAGAUUGCUGAGAAAGUGACAUCUUUGCAUGCUGAAGUGGAGUACUUCCUUAGUUCAAAUGUUUCUGCACACGAGGCUGAGCAGUUGGAUAUGAAGCUGCAGAAACUGAAGCAGAAGUUGGCCAUUGGUUCUCACACUCUUCCUUUUUUGGUUAGUUCAGAGGAACUGCAGAAGAUUGAAAUUAUAGGCAAAAAGCUGAAAGAUAGUGCUCGAGGAUGUCUCAGAGAUGAAUUGGAAACUGAAAUGCUUGCCGUGUUGGCAAACAACCAGCAGUCAUUUCUAGUCCAUUUUCUACAGUGCUCCUCAAUGAUAGACAGUGUUCCUCUGCAGAAGGCUACCAGAAUGUGCCCUCAGAUUCCUGUGCUGCUUGUAGCUCAUAGUGAGGGAAGUGUCAAAGCAAAGUGUUGUGUGCCUAAGACACUGUUGUCAGAAACUUUCAAUGCUCAGUUAUGGAUGCAACCUGUACUGCAAGUGUUCAAAUCUGAAGGUGCAGCUCCAAGAGGCCAGGAUCCAUGCCUUGUGUUCAAUAUGAAAGGCAAAAAAUUACAACCAGCUGACUUCAAUACUUUAAUGAAGGAUGCUCUUCAGAGUGCUACAAAGUUUGCUGAACUCCAUUUGGGACCAGCUAAGACACAAGAACAGUCCUGAAGUUCACAUCAUCCUGCUAUUAAACAGUAUGUAACUCAUGAGCUGAAGAGUCUGUGUUGUAAUUCCACUAUGCCAGUUGUCAUUUUCACGCUUAUUCUAUCAUUGGGAACAGCAGAAUCUGCCCCGUAGGUUUUUGAUCUCAGAAGUGGAUUUCUUCACCUCUCCUAGAAGACUGAUAACACUGUGCCUGAAGCACUCGUCUUGAUAAUACAAUUGGGACAGCUGCUGGUUUGUCAUAAUUAGCUGUAGUAGCUGAUGCAAAUUUAAACCCACUACUGUUAUUAAAAUUUCUGUUGUCACUGACCACUGUCAGCUACAUGCUGGGUGGACAGGAUUAGUUUCCAGGUAGGGACAGGAUUUUCCUUUACCGUUAAAUCCAGAUAGUUGUAAAGAUUUUGCUUACACAAUGCAGUUUUUCAUACAGAAACAGCAUAUUCAGAAUUUGUUUAAUGGUGAUACAAAUAUUAACUUAUACAGGAUACCAUACAAUAUUCUGAAAGGUUUUGUUUUUCUGUUCUACACUGUAGGAGAUGUGCCAGUAGGUUUAAAUGUUUGCAGUCAGUAGCCAAAUUUUUCAUUCAGUUUUGUUCUUCCAUCUCCUGUCUGACCUUCUGGUGGUAUCCACACUGAAUAAUCAGGGUCUGAAGGAUCAUAAUCAGUUUUCUGCUGCAUUGCCUAUAAAAAAAGGACAGUUAAUACUCCAAAGCAGGUGGCACUAGACAAGUGCACUCAUAAACAUGUUAUGGAAUGCACAAAUUCAUCACUUUCAUACUCAAGUAAAGAACCUUCUGGUCAGCAUCAUAAAGAAGGUGGAGAACUGGAAAUGCAUGAACAGAAGCUAUGUAAUUUAUGUUAUUCUUCUAGCAUUCUUAGGGUAUACAUGUCCAGUGGUAAGGUUCUGUUCUAAUGAUUUGAACCUUUGGGCUCUAAUAUCAGAGGUGAACUUCAUAUGUGAAAAACAAAAUGUUAAAAAUGGUAUUACCAUACACUUCUGUGGUUUUGAGUGACUGCAAUGUUAUCUAGAAAUAACCUAAUGAGUAAUAAUAAUAAUAAGCUACUGUUACCUUCCUAUUUCUUUGCUCUGUCCUUCUCUUGUUUCUGUUCCUCUUCCUCUCUACUUCCUUCUCCUCAUCGCUACUGUGAGGUUCCACAACUUCUGUGCUUGAUGUGGUUUCAGAGUUUUCUUUCAGUGGUGGAAGCAUUACAGGACCAAAGACUUUGGUUUUUGGAUUAGUUGUAUAUAAUUUUUUGGGAUCUUGAGUGUCUAAAAUGUCUACUUCCAUCUUAUCUUCUUUACCUGGAAUAAGUAAGAACUGUUAACUCAGACUGGAAUAUUAAUAGACAACAUAAGAGUUAUAACAGCUUUUAAACCACUGUAGAAAACAAACUUCCAGGCUGUUCAACACUUCCAGUAUCAACCAGAUUAUAUCCUGUGACACAUGAGAACUGUCUGCAUUGUGUUAGUCCAGCAAAUGGGUUUUCUGUCAAAUCUGCCUCCUCAUCAGCAUCAUCACCUAAAACAUAAAAAAAGAAACUUCAACUAUUUUGUAAUAAGCUGUUUCCUGGAAAGAAGCAAAUCUGUAUGAGAAGAGAACUAGAAAGACUGGGAGAAUGUGGUUAUGGCCUAUUAUAAGGAAUUAUCAGAGCAUGUUGAAUGUUAGAGUGGUUUCUUAGGUUACUUAGUGAUACUGUUUGAAGAGGUUAUAUGGCAUGGAGAGAGAUGAAAAGUUGGUCAUAAAUGGUAAGUAUAUACAGAUUUGGAAGAAAAUGGUCAUAAACCAUUUCAUCUUACAUUCACAGUAUUUACAAGGAGAGACUGCAUAAAUCCAUGAAAAGUUUUAGAACAGGCUGUAAUGUGGCCAAAAUACAAACUUCCAAUAAUACUGCUAUACAGACCUACUUGGUACCACAUAUAAAUGGCUCAUCUAGUGAGUUAUCUAGAGAUGCUGUCUCAACUGUACUAGUUCUGUAACACUGUGUGAGAACAUACUAUUCCAUGCUAUUUAGAAUGAUUCAUGUUGUGUUCAUUUAA